GAAUGAGUAAACCAACAUGGCUGUUUCUGCGAGGGUUUCGAUGACGAAAUGCACACAAUUUCGUUCGCUUUUUAAAUUGUUUUCAACAAGCACGUAUUGUAGAGCAGCGCCAAAUUUACGAAAAGAAUCGUACGAAGUAAGCCACGAAUCUAUUUUUACGGAGGAUCAUGCAGAACUCCGAAAAUCUCUCAAAAAAUUAAUCGAGAAAGAAAUAAACCCCUACGUUGACGAAUGGGAGAAUUUGAAGAGGUUUCCCGCUCAUGAAGUUUUUAAAAAGCUGGGAUCGGCCGGAUUCUUUGGAGUAAACAAGCCCACUAAGUAUGGUGGAUUAGGAUUGGACUAUUCUUUUAGUGUGGCCAUGGCUGAAGAGUUAGGUCAGCAAUUUUUUUUACCUUUCCACUGUUUGGUCUCUGAUCUAGUGUCUUCUCAACAGCAAGUGAGCAUAUCUCAGUUUUGGUUGCUGAUGAAAAUGUUGUGGUGUAUCUGAUAAUUAUCCUCCAGCCAAUGAUUCUUUAUUUCCCAUCAGCCUCGGAGCCUGGACAUUCAACAGGGGAAGUUAUACAUGCAUGUGGUUUGAAACAGAGAUAGUUUUGAAGCAACCCUCAUGUAUUUAUACAAAACUCUUGACUUAAUUCAAGGCUGUAGCUAGACAUUUUUGAGGGGGGGGGGGCAAGGAAGCAAGGCCUAAAGUAUUUCUCUAGAGCUCCCAUUGGCAAAGAAAGUAAGGGCCCAAAGUAUUCCUCUAGAGCUCCCUUUGGUUCUUGGUGCUCUCUUUAAGAUUUGCCUGGGAUAUUUAACAUGGUGUGGAGCCUGCUAAUCCACAGAUCACUAUGAGAAACUAUAUUUUAUUGUAAUCAGAGAGCCCUGCCCAGAGUACUAUUCCUCUAAUGUUAGUGCUGUGAUGAAUAUUUAAACAAUUCCAAACCUGUCAUCAGAGUGAAGUAAGCAGACUGACUCCUUAAAAUUCUUGAAGUAGUCUCUAUCGAAUUGUCUGAAGUCUGUUCCCUGUUAUCGAACAAACUGAUAAAACUUUUUGAAAAAUGCAGUGCUUUGCUUACGUGAGAAAAAAAAGUGAUGUAUGUCAAGCCAAUGGGAGAGUGUAUGUUAAAUUGAAGUUUCCAAAACCUUGAUUUUGUUAACAACUACAACUAUUUUAAUUAUGGGAAACAGUAAGGAGAACAAGCACUAAAAACAUGGAAGUGUAGAGGUUUACUUUCUCAACAGGAAGCAUUAAAUGUGGUGCUAUACCCAUGGCCAUAGGAGUUCAGGCAGACAUGGCAACUCCAGCACUUAUCAGGUUUGGUAGUGAAGAGCUUAAACAAGAGUUUUUAGUUCCAUCCAUUGCUGGUGAUGUUGUGGCCUGUCUUGGAGUGAGUGAACCUGGGGCUGGAUCAGAUGUUGCAAGUAUUAAAACUACAGCUAUUAAAAAAGGAGGUUUGUCAUUGAAAGGAAUUAGGCUUCAAAAUUAGGAUUGACAUUUAGGAGUGCAACUCUUUCUUGUUGGAAUGGUUGUCCAUUGCCCUAGUCAAAAACAUAAUUGCAGAAAAAUUGAUGUUAGCCAGCUGCAGGGAGCUCUUGGAGUGAUGUUGAUGCACCAAGGGAGCUUAGUGAGUGGGGAGCUCAUAAAGUAGGAACUACAGACUCAACUCAAGAGUUUGACCAUGCAUGGCUUAAUGAUAGUGAGGUGUCAAAAUGUAAUCUCAAUUAGACAUAAUCAAAGACAUCCCUUAUCUGAAUUAGCACUCAAUCUUCAUAUCAUCGCAAUUCAUGGGUUAUCUCACAAAAUUAAACCAUUUCAAAUUUUGAGCUGCACAAUAAACUGGAAAUCCAUGAAAUGUUUCAGUAAAGAUGAGUCUUAUGAAAAAAACUCCUUUGAAGGGCAGGUCAGUCCAUGGAACCAUUGCAAAACAACCUUUGCUAUGUGUUUGCGUGUAAUUUGUCUUCUGAAAAAGAAGUCAUGCAGUCUUUGUCCUUGUCUGAUAACUGAAGGGCUGGAAGGCCAAGCUCAUUGACUUUGCCUGCUUGUUCCAUCACAAUGCCAUUAAGCAAUAAAAUUACAAGGAUAUGCUUAAGGGCUUGAUGAUUGUCUUGUGGGACAAAACCCCUGGACCCAGUUGUUCAAAGAAUGGAUAAUGCUAUCCGAAGGAUAAAUCACUAUCCACCUGGUGAGUGUUAACAUAACCUAUUGUGCUAUCCAUGGGAUAAUGAUUUAUCCAGUGGAUAAGGUUAUCUUUCCAAUGCUGGUUAGCAAAAUUGAGAAAAACUUCUUUGCUAACAAAAAGAGCUUCUAGCACUUCUGUCUGCCCUGGUUUUAGCAAACAAAUUGUCAGAAGUGGCAACAAACAUUCCUACAGGUCAUCAGACAAUGAUUAAUCUGCAGUGUUGAGAAGUGUUGACACAUAUCCAUCCAGUGGCCAAUUAUAUUUUUGUUGUUGUGAGCCAAACAUGGAGGUCAAACUCUUGGGCUUAAUCUGUAGUCCCUAUUUUUUGAGAGCCUCAUUCAUAAAGCCCCUGCAGUGCAUCAAGAGCUCCCUGUGAUGUGCUAACAUCAAUUUUUUUUCUCUGAAUUUUUUUUUGCUUGUGUGAUGGAAAGGACUGCUCAUAGUUUAGUUUCCCAUGACUACUCAUUUAUGCCCUUGGAGGAGAGACACUGUGUUGUGAUGGUGAAGUAUCUUACUUAUGAACAUGAUGCAAUGACCAAGCAAGGGCUUGAAUCCAGACCUCUUAAUUUUUGAUCCAGCUAAUUUAUCAGACUACUUACAGUCAAAACAUCUUGAUUGAGUCAGCAAGCUGAAAAUGGGACAAAGAAUCCUAUAUUAUGGAAUUGUUUAUCUUGUUAAGGUGACCAAGAGGGGUUACAAUUGAACUAUGUAUAAUAGACUGGCCUGAAUACUGCUGUAAGUUUCCUGUCUAAUUCCAUUUUUUUGAGGAACAAGCAAGGUUUUGCCUUGUUAUUAUAUUUUAUUGUGUUUUAUAUUUUAGUUUACUUCUGUUGAUAACUACAGAAGCAACACCUUUUACUUAUAGAAUGUAAUUAUAUAGCCACAGCAUGUAGAUACAGGUGUAUAAAUUUGUCAAUCUACAAGGGUAUGCCCUUGUAGGGAAGGCCAGAAGGAAAACUGAUAUGGGUGUAUCCAUACUUUGUUUGAUUUAGUAUUUCAACAGUUUAUUUAAACUGUCUGUGUCCAUAAGGCUUCAAAUGAUUUUUUUUGUAACAGAUGACUUUGUCAUAAAUGGAAGCAAGCUAUGGAUUACAAAUGGUCUCCAGGCAGAUUGGAUUUGUCUUUUAGCAAAUACAAGUGGAGGUCCACCACAUAAAAACAAGUCUUUGAUCUGUGUUCCUCUCAAUCUACCUGGAGUCCAUAAGGCAAGGAAUAUUAACAAGCUUGGGAUGCAUUCAUCAGACACUGCAGAGCUCUUCUUUGAGGAUGUGAAAGUACCACAGUCAUACCUGAUUGGUCAGGAAGGAAUGGGGUUUCCAUACCAGAUGUUUCAGUUUGUUGAGGAAAGAGUUUUUGCUGGGGCUUCAGGUAUUAUAGGAUGACCAAUAAACAAAGACAACAUAAGAAACUCUUAUUAUCAGUCGAGAAAGAAUUCUUGCUCACAUUUGAGAGAGUCUAUGGCUCAAGAUCAGGAACACUAUAAUAUUCAUCACAUACUGAAGUGUGAACCGUAGAGUAGGUUUGUUUGGGUUUUCCAAGUUUCUGAAACUUAGGGGUUACCUUUAGAAACUCUUUACAGAGACAAGGUUACAUUAUCAACUCAGUUGAUAAAACCAAAUUAUCUUGAGUUACCCCUUGCCAAGGCAGGGCCACAGUUUAUUUAUAAUUAUGUCAGUAAUAAUAACAAGUCACAUUCAUAAUUACAAUGGUAAAAAUUAUGAUAUUACAGUUAAAUAGUAAUGAUAAAAGUCAUAAUGAUAGAAUUAUUUUUAGUUAUUAUUUUAAUGAACACUAAAUUUUCCCUUUUGUGGGAAAAGGAUUUGAUAAAUAUAAGAACAAAAGUGAAUGGACUGACUAAGUAAAACUUUUAUUUAAUUUAGCAGAGAGUUUUUAUCAAAAUAAUAGAUACCUUUUCUUGUUAUUUAUGUGAUAUAUUUUUUGUUUUAGUUCUGUUGUCUAUGGAGAGAAUUAUUUUUGAAACUGCCACCUACUGCAGGGAAAGGAAGGCAUUCGGCAAAUCCAUUCUAGACAAUCAGUAUGUUCACUUCCGCCUUGCUGAGCUUCAAACUGAAGUUGAACUGCUCAGGUCACUUGUAUAUAGAACUACAGGUUGGUUCUUGACAGCUUUAAAUAAUUUUGGUUAGAGUUUUACUACUGUCAUAGAGGGAGAGAAAGCUAUGCUUUGGUCCAAUUCUUUCAAUUUAAUAAUGAUUAUAUAAGAAACAUGUUAUCAUACCAUAAAGAGGAACUUGUUCUUCUUAUUAGGCUUAUUAAGUGUGUGUGUGUGUUUCUUUUUUUGUUUUAUCCUUGUUUCUUUUAUUGAAAUGUUUUUUCUUUUUUUCACUUUGGGUGCCAUGUUUGGACUCUAGGUCUCUCUGUUAUUACAAAUUGUUAUCCUAAGUUGGUGACUAAUUUACUUUUCUAUGCUUUAGAUCUGUACAUGAAAGGUAAAGAUGUCAACAAGCUAGCCUCAAUGCUCAAACUCAAGGCUGGUCGCCUUGCACGAGAGGUACCUGACUCCUGCCUGCAGUUCUGGGGAGGAAUGGGUUUUACUUCAGAAGUGGAAGUCAGCCGCGCUUAUAGAGACAACCGUCUUUUGUCAAUUGGCGGUGGAGCAGAUGAAGUGAUGCUAUCAAUCAUUUGCAAAUAUAUGGGAACAUUUCCUAAGGACCAGCAAUUAUUUUAAGUUAUAUCAUGAUAGUUAAAAAUUUGUACAUAAUAUGGCCAGGAUACUAAGUCUGGCAUGAUUGCUUGUCACAAAGGUGUAUCUAUUCCUGCCAUAAUGUGACAUUUGGUUUUAUUUUUGUUAAGAAAAUUGUAUAUUUGUGGCUUCCAAACAGUAUAAACAACACCAACCACUGUCAGUGGAAGGUCACAAAAUUGUCAGCUUUUUUCAGUAUUCUAGUACCAUUGUAAUGCAAAGUUAUGGUACCUUUGGACUAUAACAUAUUAUUUAUGUGAGUUAUCCUGGUAAUCUUUUCCUUACAGUUGACAUGAAGCCAGUGGUUCCCAUAGAGCUAUCAAAAGUUAUAGUGUACCUCUGAUAUAAUUCUGAAAAUUACAUUGUUGGUUAAAAGAUGCUUGCACAAUUUCUCUCCUUCUCUUGACCCAAUUUGAAUUUCCUUUAUGCAACAAAUUUUUCAGAAUUGUUUAGUUAACUCUUUGAUAGCUUUCAUUCAUCUGAUAGGUAUUAUAUGAUAAAGUGAAUUAUAAAUGCAUUUUGAUUGUUUCUUAUUUAUGAUCUGUUGGAGGACAGAUGCAUAGAUGAUAUCACCUUAAACAUUUUGUUUUUUUUUAUCAUUUGAAACAACUUUUCUGUUGCCAUGUGUCUGAACAGUAAUAGAUCACAGAAGACGUCAAAAGGUGGUAUGAACAACAGUGACAAACUUGGCUGCUCCCCAUUUGCCACUUUUUUGUUCUUACCACAUUUUGAUGAUCUGUGAUCUAUUACUGAACAGACACACAGCAACAUGGAAACUAACUGAUAAUUGGAAACAGAUCAUAUUCAUUUUGUAGAGGGCACUGUUUAAAGAAUUUGCUCAAAACAGUUUUGAGAAUGGUUAACCCUUUCACUCCCAUCAGUGACCAAGACAGAAUUUCUCCUUACAAUAUCAAUACAAUAUUGAGCAGAAAAGUGAUGAGAAUAUAGAAAAAUAUUAAUUUGGGGAUUAUUAGUUGAUCCAAUACCAAAUUCUCCAAACUAACAUCACUAGAACUGUAUGGGAGAUAGUAAGGAGAAUUACUAAUGAGAUCUUGGGAGUUGAAGGGUUAAACCUCCAUUUGGUUGGACAUGUGUAAAUGUGGUAGGAAGUUGUGCAUAUUAAAAUUGAAGGGC